AUGGCCAAGCGGGAGCACCAGGCAGUGUGCAAGCAGGUGUUUCAGGCUGAGAAGAAGCUGAAGGAGGUGUUGCUGCAGGUGGACAACGAGCGCAGGAACGUAGAGCAGUUCAAGGACCAGGCUGACAAGGCAUCCACACAACUGAAGCAGCUCAGGCGGCAGCUGGAGGAGGCUGAGGAAGAGGCCCAGAGGGCCAACGCCUCCCGCAGGAAGCUGCAGCGAGAGCUGGAGGACGCCACCCAGACUGCAGACACCAUGAACCGCGAGAUCAGCUCCCUGAAGAACAAGCUCAGGUGAG